AUGCCUGAUCAAUACAUCAACGCCGUGUACUACCCCUCAUGGCGCUGCUACAAAGAACGUCCUCCGUCCUGCUUGGAUACUGCGUCUAUCACACACAUAUUCUACGCCUUUGUUGGCGUCAAUGAAGACGGUACACUACGAGCUAUUGAUGACUGGGCCGACAAUGACAAGGCAGUCGAUGGCGAGAAAGGCUGUCUUGCAGCGAUUGCCAAGUUGAAGAGCCAACACCCGCAUAUCAAGACACUCGUCUCAAUUGGUGGUGGCUCCAGCAGCAAAGAGUUCCCUGCGCUUGCUGCGAGCAAAAGGGCGAGGCAAACAUUCGCGCAGCAAAUUAAGGAGUUUUGCGUAGCCCAUCGUUUCGACGGCGUUGACAUUGAUUGGGAGCACCCUCAGACUCCAGAAGCGGGACGGGACUAUCUUCUGUUCCUUCAAGCCAUUCGCGAGACCAUGCCGGCUCCCAGGUACCUGUUGACAAGCGCUCUUCCCACGGGCGAGUACUGUCUUAAACACCUCAACUUGCCAGCUGCGUCCCGGGUGCUCGACUUUCUCAACCUUAUGGGUUACGACUUCACGGGUAGCUGGACUGAUGUCUGCGGCCACCAUGCCCAGCUUCUUCCUCCGAGCCAGAACCUUAACGACGUAUAUCCUACUCUUCGCAAGUCCUGCCAGCGUGGAGUCGACUUCCUCACUGCCAACGGCUUUCCUAGCCGUAAAAUCGUUCUCGGCAUUCCAGUAUACGCCAGAUACUUUGGCCAGGCGCGUGGGCCAGGUCAUCCUUUCAAGGGUGCAGGUGAUAUUGACUACUGUGACUUGCCAGAUGAAUGGGUUCAGUGUGCAAACGUCGAUAAGAACAUCGCAGCGGCAUCCUUCGUUGAUAAAAAAGGAGAUAAGGGCUUUGUCUCCUUCGAUGUUCCCGACACAGUUGGUAUCAAAGCAAGCUAUGCUAAGUCAAUGGGACUUGGGGGUCUGUUCUACUGGACAGGUGCUGGCGAUCGGAUGGGCCGUGAGAGCUUAGUCGCUGCAGGAUGGAUGGCUCUCCAACAUCACUGA